UGAAUAUGCUAAUUUUACCCUUUUCUGUACAAUAUUCUUAAAAAUAAUAACAAAUACAGUUAUACCAAAAUAAUUAUCUAGAAAUCUGUUAAUGAAUGGUAAUGAUAUAAAUGUUAACAAAACCCCUUUUCUCCACUGGAUUCUACAGUAUUUUACACAAACCUAAUAGAAAUGUAUAUAAAAAAUUGUUUUCUACUUUGAUUUUUACCAAUAAGUUAUCCCAAAAUAAAGCUUCAGAACACCAUUCUGGCUCUCUACACAUUCAUUUAAAUUAUCAAAAUGGACGUAAUUCAUCUGAUUUUAAUUAUAAUUUAAUAAAGUGUGGAGAUUCUACUUUAAAUUAUAAAAACCAUUUUUCGACUCGAUCAAAUGUAACUACCAAACCACUAUGGGACCUACACAGCGUAAUAAUUACAGAGUUAAUUGAGAGAUCAGAUUUUGUGGCUUUGGACGUAGAAUAUACUGGACUGCAUGUUAAGGAUGAGCGUUUUAUAGGUGUUGAUAAGUGCUAUGAGUCCCACUCUUUGGGAGCUAAAAAGUUCAUUCCCUGUCAAAUCGGACUAACAAUGGCUAAAUAUGAGAAUAAUAUCUGGAAUCUAACAACGACGUCAUUGUUUACAAUCCCAUCAGAAGGGAAGAGUUUUUCAGUUAACAUGUCAACACUUAACUUCUUAAAGGAUAACAAUUUCGACUUUAACAGUUGGAUAAGGAAUGGAAUAACCCAUCUGACACCCAAGGAAGAGGAGGAAAGGAAAUCGUUAAUAGUAUCAAAACUCCAUCAGAUACGGUUAAACUUACAGAAUUUGUCUAAUUCUAAUAUUGAAAAUAAUGGCAGGAACACUAACAAUAUGAAUACAGAAUAUGAUGUUAGUAGUAUAAAGGACUUAGAGGAUAGAAGAGUGGUGGAGCAAAUGAUAGAAAGAAUAAAUAAAUGGAUAGUAGAUGAAGGUGAUGAGGGGAGAAAACCGCUAGAAUUUGAGGUUGAAAGCGCCUUUUUAAGGCUUUUAAUGCACUCUGUAAUCUCAAUUAAGUACCCGAAUUUGUAUAGCAAUUCCUCUCAGAGGAAUGGCGUUAGAUGUGUUGUAGUUUAUAAAACUCAGAUGGAACUAUUAGAAGAGGAGCGAAAAGUGUUAGAAGAGGAACUAGAGGCUAUAAAUAAGCAAAUCGGACUCAGAACACUUUUUGACACGGUUUCCAAAAAUAAUAAAAUCCUUGUAGGCCAUAACUGUUUUUACGACAUUUUACACAUUUAUCAAACUUUCUACGGAGAUUUGCCAGAAAACGUAGAGGACUUCAAGAAGAAGUGGGUUCAAGUUUUUCCAACAAUUUUUGAUACCAAGUAUAUUUCAGAAUAUUACCACCAGUUCACACCUCACACAACCUUAAAAUCCCUAUAUAAUUCAUUUCUACCAAAUCAAAACGGUUUUAACAGAGUUAAGAUAAGUUCACUGGGCAAGAGCGGGAUGGUUAGUGGAUAUGGAGAUGUGAUAAAUGAGGGAGAAAAGGAACAUGAAGCCGGAUAUGACAGUUUAAUGACGGCAAUAGUAUUUAUACGUCAACUCGAGACGGUAAUUAAGAGUAAAAAUAGUUCAUUAAACAACUUAAUUAAUGCUUACCUGGACACAUCUAACACUCCAAACGGAAUGGGAAAGGUAAUAAGGAACAUAUUUGGAGAAAUAAUGAAUUCAGUUCGGCUGGUGAAGUGCCAGCCUUCAGUAAUAAAUAUGAACAAUGAAGAGGAUAUGUCAAAGCACUUUUAUAUGUUUGGGUUUCCAAACGUGUGGAAAAAGUGGGAAAUUAUGAAAAUAUGGUCGCCACUCUGGGUUUCAAUUUCAUGGAUAGAUGAAACCUCCUGCUGGAUAAUAGCUAAAAACUCGGAGGAUGUCAAGAACAUUAAUUUGAUCUACAAAAUGAUGAAGAAUCCACAGUUCAAACUGUAUAAUUAUGGACAAUAUUUGGAAAAAAUGAAUCAAUCCACGGUUUAAUGCGUUAAUGGAGUUAAUUUUAUAAAUA